AUGGCUACAGCUCACGAUCGGGCAGUUUUGAAUCAGAUUCUUAAUCCAUUGCUUCCUAAUAGCGAUGGUUUGGAUGAAGUUAAACACGAAGAAGGUGAGCAAAAUUUCCUCAAAAAAAGGUUCACCGUAUUUCGAAAAAAAUGAAAAAUUUCAAAAAAAUUAAACGUAUUCAAAAAAACUAUCUAAACCAAAAAAAGUUCUUAAAAUGCAUAACUUUCUCGAAUUUAAAAAAAGCCUUUUAUAAAAACAAAUGAUGUUUUUAAAAAAAUAUUUAUAGAUUCUGUAUCUCUUUUUAUAGAUUCUAUCACUGUGAACUCCCAGAACAGUGACUAUCUAUUAUUUUUCUUACAGUAGUAAUCGAACACGAAGGUUUCGCCAGAAGUGUGGAACUCGAACGGGAAGGCGUACGCCUGGCCGAGAGCGGCAAGUCUGCUGACGCAAUCGCCGUCUUUUCCAAGUCAGACGCAAAAAAAGGAAAGAAAAAAGUCCGUGUUUUGCAGGGCUAUCGAAUCUUGUCCCGUUAAUCCGUCAGCCUACAACAACCGAGCACAGGCUUAUCGUCUUAACGAGCAAAUUGAAGGUUUCCCUAUCCAAUGUUCAUUUCAUCAACUUGCAUGGAUAGAAGCGCUGGCUGACCUGAACGAGGCUCUGAAACUGGGCAACGAAAAAGGAAAAGCCGCCUGUCAGGCUUUCGUACAACGGGGCAGCAUCUACCGUCUACAGGGAAACGACGACAAAGCUAGGGUACGGUUCCUGGAUUUGCGGCUAUAACUUAUGCAAAGAGUGAAAGUGCCUAGCGUCUUGGAAGUUAAACAUUUCCCAACCUUUUUUUCAAGAUUACCACCAGUCUAUGCUUUCUGAAAAAAUUAAGUCCAUCUAACUAUGAAGGAUAUAUUCUUCUAAUUUGAAUUAUUAGAAUUUAGAAUUCUCAGUUCGAAAAUCUCUACCUAUUAUAUGCUAACGGAGUUGGAAAAAAGUUGUUAUGGGGGGUUUUUUUUUAAUUCAGCGUGGGAAUCAACAUUAAUCAAGUUUCUUCGCUUCGAUUUUUUCAUUGGGGAAAGUUGAAAGUUUCAUUUUCCUUUAAAAGUGAAUUUGAAAACAUUGAAAAAAUUACAAAACUAGUUACAUGGCAUAAUUCGAACAAAAAAAGUUGAAUCUAUUUUUGAAACCAUUUAAGUUUAAUGAACCUAAAAUGAGCGACACGUAAUACGUCUUCACUGAAGACUCUUCAGGUAUAUUUUAUCUUCACGGCAAAUAUUUUUCGCCCAAAGACUGAAAUUUCAGUGCUCCGAGUGCACAUUUUUGAAACCCCAAUUGUCCCGUUUCAAUUGCCCCAGACUGAACUAAUCUCCUUAAUUCGCUUGCAGGAAGACUUCCAAGCCGCCGCUGAGCUCGGCUCUUCGUUCGCCAAAAUGCAACUGGUCACUCUCAACCCCUACGCAGCCAUGUGCAACAAAAUGCUCUCCGACGUCUUCUCCAACAUGAAAAACGGCAAAACUUCCUAA